GCCGGAGCGCGGUGGGGGACGGACCGGAAGUGCCGGCCUGGCCUGGCCCGGCCCGGCCCGGCCCGGCCCGGCGGAGCCUUCGCGACCCCGAACCGGUCCCGGUUCCCUUCCCGGUACCAAGUUCGGUCCCGGUAGGGCCCGGCCCGGUUCCCUUCCGGCUCCGGUUCCGUCGCGCCCCCCGGACCCCCCCCCGGACCCCCCCAGCGCUGCCAUGAGGGUAAAGCUGAAGAACGUUUUCAUCGUCUACUUCGUGGUGUCUCUGGUAGGGCUGCUCUGCGCCCUGCUGCAGCUCGGGCAGCCCUGCGACUGCUCGCACCAGCUACAGGCCGAGCGGCGGCGAAGCCGGGACCGGGACCGGCUGCUGGCGGAGCUGCGGGGUGGGGGGGCCCGGGGGGAGCCCCGAGCGCAGGGGGGAGGCCGGGCCCUACCCACCAUCUACGUGGUGACCCCCACCUACGCCAGGCCGGUGCAGAAGGCGGAGCUGGUGCGGCUGUCGCAGACGUUGCUGCACGUGCGGGCGCUGCACUGGGUGGUGGUGGAGGACGCGGCGGCCCCCACGGCACUGGUGGGGGGGUUGUUGGCCGCCAGUGGUGUUCCCUUCACCCACCUGAACGUCGAGACCCCCCCCGAACGUCGUCGCCGCCCCGGGGACCCCCCCUGGCUGCGCCCCCGCGGCGUCGAACAACGCAACCGGGCGCUGCAGUGGCUGCGGGAGACGCGGGCGCCCGGCGAGAGCGGCGUGGUCUACUUCGCCGACGACGACAACACCUACAGCCUGCGCCUCUUCGAGGAGAUGCGCAGCACCCGCGGCGUGGCGGUCUGGCCGGUGGGACUGGUGGGGGGCCUACGUUUCGAACGACCGCUGGUAGCGGGGGGCCGGGUGGUGGGCUUCCAUACCGCCUGGAAACCGGAACGCCCCUUCCCGUUGGAUAUGGCCGGCUUCGCCGUGGGGCUGCCCCUGUUGCUGGCGCGGCCCGCCGCCCGCUUCGACCCCCAGGCCGAGAGGGGCUACCUGGAGAGCAGUCUGCUGGGGGGGCUCGUCUCCCCCGCCGAGCUGGAGCCCAAGGCCAACAACUGCACCCAGGUGCUGGUGUGGCACACGCGGACGGAGAAGCCGAAGCUGCGGCAGGAGGAGCAGCUGCAGCGCGAGGGACGGGGUUCGGACCCCCACAUCGAGGUGUGAGGGACCCCCCCGCGCCCCCCUUGCACUGCAGGGACCCCCCCCCGGGGAAGGAUCGGAUAUGGGGACGUCCCCCGGGGACGCUCGGACUUUAUUUAUCGACAGGGUCCCCCCUUUCCGUGGGGGUCCCCCCCUUUUCCCACGGGGCUCCCCGGCCGAGUGUCAUCUCCGCAAUAAACUCUCCCGCUCCGUC